GCGGGGCUGAAAAAGAUAACACGGAAGCCCCUUGUCUCCUUUUUUUCUGACUGCUUGGCAACGCGCCGCUCUGUCGAAAUCUGUCGUCCUUCUCCUUUUUUUUUUUUUCUUUAAACCCGCUCACCUGCUCUGUUUGGACACCUGAGCCUUGAACUCGGUCACCCCGGACCCUACAAUGAUCUCCCCGCGGUUCCUGCUGCUCCGGUCGGCUGCGUCCUUGACGACCAGGUCGCUCUGCACAGGUGGGAUGUCGAAGCAGGGCAGGGCGCCAGACAUGGCUGAGGGAAAUCCACUUUUACACGUGUCAAAUGUGCGGAACAGGCUGAGAGAAAUCGUGGGAGCUUCCACUAACUGGAGCGACCACCAGCAGGCCAUGUCGAAGCGAGGGUCGCUGUCAUCCAUGUUGGCAAAGUCUCAGCACGACCUUCCGGCGAAGACCAUGAAGGACAGCUACCUGGAGGUUCACCUGCCUCUGGGCUCCGAGCCCCAGCUCAGAGAGAAAUACCUGACCUUCCACAAAAGUGUCAGGUUUGGUAGAAUCCUGGAGGACUUGGACAGUUUAGCAGUCCUCAUAUCUUACUCUCACACCUAUAACCCGGCACUGGAGAGGUCCCCUCUGUCUAUUGUCACCGCCCUGGUGGACAAAAUUGACAUGAGGAAGCACAUCAUCUCUCCCGACUGCGACAUCAAGUUCACUGGUCAUGUGACGUGGGUGGGAAAGACGUCUAUCGAAGCCAAGAUGCACGUGUCCCAGUACCUUGAUGGAGCUUAUGCCCCAAUCCUGGACGCUACGUUUGUCAUGGUGGCCCGGGACCCAGAGAACAAGAGGGCAGCGUUUGUGAAUCCACUGAAGCCAGACGGACCGGAGGAGGAGAAAAUCUUCCAGGAGGGAGAAGCUAAUAAAUCCCGCCGUGUGGAGCUGAGUACCGCGUCAUUGCUGAAGGUGGCUCCCACAGAUGAGGAGAGGAAGAUCGUACACAGUCUGUUCCUCAACACCCUGGAUACAAAGACGGUCAGUUUCCGCGGCAGAAUUCUGCCUCCAAACUCAGUGUGGAUGGAAGACGCCAAACUGAAAGGACUGGAGAUCUGCCACCCUCAGGAGAGGAACAUCUUCAACAGGAUAUUUGGAGGUUUUCUGAUGAGGAAAGCCUAUGAGCUGGGCUGGGCCAACGCCUGCUCCUACGGGGGAUGCCGACCAAGCCUGGUGGCUGUUGAUGAUAUCCUCUUCCAGAAACCUGUGGAGAUCGGCUCCUUGCUGCUGCUCUCAUCGCAGGUGUGUUACACGCAGGGGAAGUACAUCCAGGUCAGAGUUCACACCGAGGUGUUCGACCCGCUGACCCGCAACCACAACACCACCAACGUCUUCCACUUCACCUUCGCUUCAGACCUUGAUGUCCCCAACAUCAUCCCAAAGACAUAUGGAGAGUCGAUGUUGUACCUGGAUGGAAAGAGACACUUUAACCAAACUGUGGAAAACUGAGAGAGCAAAUCUACUUCCUGCUAAAGCCUUUCAGCAUCUGACCAAUGAGGUCUAAGAGUGUGUCUGUCUGUCUGUCUGUCUGUCUGUCUCUGUGUGUGUGUGUGUGUAUAUACAGUUAAUACAUUUUACAUCAUUUUAUAUCACGUCUUGCUCAUUUUUCACAACACGCAUGGUGACUAUGUUUGAUUCCUGUUAUGGUUCCUGUCAAUUUGUUCUGGUGGUUUACAUUUUUAUGUUUAUGUUUGAUCCACUACAGAAGAAACAGAAAGACACUUUUUUUUUUUUUUAACCUCAUUUUUAUUUUAUUUACUCUUUGUUUCACACUCGUGACCAGAGUUACAAAGAACAUGCAGUUUGUCUGACAACCAGUCGGCGUUUACAGCGUCUCUGCAGUGAUAUCUGACUGAAGAAAGCGAAGCAAAACUUUCAUUUUCUGGCCUUUUCGUAACCUCAUAUAUUCCUGAUUCACUACGUGCAUGGCUUUGUGUUACAGUAUGUUACAUUUUUUAUAUUCCACUGUCACUUAUACGCACAGAACUCCUUUACUUCGCUUUAUUUGUGUUGAAUGGGAAGGUUUGUCCUGAAUGUGUCAGACUGCUGCAACAAGAAUGAUGGUGUCAUAUUUUUGGCCUCAAGUUACUGAAAUGCAAUAAAUGAAUUCUUAUUUAUCGUGACUUUA